UAUCGUCGACCACGCCUAUCUCCUGUCAUCAGUUUCUAUGGCUCUUAAGUCAAAAUUUCGGAGCUUACUGCGUUUCGGCGGGAGCAAGGAGGACAAAGAUGAGAUCGGAGAAGACGUGCUGCUCACUGAAGCAAAAGAGGAAAGAAGAGUGAACCCAAUGGUUGUGGAAGAGAUUUUGGAAGGCAUAGACAAAAUGUAUUAUAAAGAACUUUCAUUCGAUGCCGCCGAUUACACACUUCAAAGCGUUCCUGAGGAUUCUGAUGUCAUGCAGCUUGACCAGUCAAGGAUUAGGUUGAGACAACAACUUCAAGCUGUGUCAAAGAAACUGUCAGACUUGGUGUUAGAAAAUCACAAUGCGUAUGUCCAAGAGUUACAACGUGUAACCGACAUCGAGUCUUCACUGCAGACGACCAGUACGAUCUGCAGUGCAGGACGAAGACACUUGGCUAACGCUCGUCAAGGAGUGACUGACGGUGGAAUCAGCAUAUUGGCGAAACAUCGAAAACGGCAGAAGAUAUUGAGUGUUUUGCAGUCUUUACGUACAAUCAAGACUUUGCAACAGACAGAUGUGAGGCUUAGAGAGUUUUUGGAGGAGGAAAACUAUCCCGCAGCCGUUCAGUUGUGCUUGGAAUGUCAACAAGCAGCAAGCACCUUCAAAGAAUACACGUGUGUGAGCGAAUUAAGUUCAAAGCUCCAGGAGACACAGCAACAGAUAGAAAUCGAACUCGAUGACGCUCUUGCCAAGAAUUGCUUACAUUUCAAUGUCCAUCACUAUGAGAAAGUCCAGACGGCUUUUCGCCUUCUGGAAAAAACACAGCAUGCGAUGGAUCAAGUUCAUUACCAUUUCACGAUGGCUGUUCAUAAUCGAUCGUUUCAAGUUGUUUUGAAAUAUGCAGAGAGAAGUGCUGGCAAUGAGGAUGUACAUCUUCCCAAGCUACUCUAUAAUGACGUGUGUCAGAGACUAGAUCACAAUCAGUUUACUCCCGACUUGUUGAACUCUGCCGAGCUAUGUGGGAGGUUAUGCUGAGUUAUUAUCACACCAUGAAGUGGCAUGAGAGAUUUGAUAAAACAAAUGGAGAGAUGAGCAGUUCACGAGAGAAUUUGGAUAGCGAUGAUGGAGGGUUAGAUGAGACAGCUGAUAGUCUGAUAUCGUUACCUCGAGAGACUGUAACUAAUCGGCAAUAUAUCAAGCAGAAGUUAGAACAUGGAGUAACAAGAAUAU